GAUUCACAUUUGAGGUGUUGCACACACAAACAUAUUCUCAUCCUCAAGCAGCUCUCUCAGUAUACAUCGUCAACCGAGUCACAAAGAGUCUCGCGUUUGUGUUUGUGUCGUCUUGAGUGCAUCGAUAUUUCCGUCACAAUAAUUCAGAGAUAGAAAUCAACUGUUGCAUUCAUUGUUUUCACGUGGCGCUGUGUCUCUAAGCUUCUCCCAUUUCGUCCGUCCAAGAAGCGGUGAUAUCCGGAUAGUACAUAAAGAAAAAUCCCAUCUCCAUUUAAAAGUUAUACAAUGCCGCUCGAUUGCGGAGCCACCGUGGUGAAAUACGUUCUGUGUCUGUUCAACUUUGCCCUUUUCUGGGGAGGAGCGGCCGUUUUAGGUAUUGGAAUUUGGUUAGCCGCCGACCAGAGUUCGUUUCUCACUCUGAUCAAAUUUACUCAAGCUGAAAAUGUGCAGAAUUUGGUACAACCAGCAGUUAUCACCCAAAGUGCCUAUUUGCUGAUUGCUGCUGGAGCUUUUAUCUUCAUCGUCAGUUUCCUGGGCUACUGCGGCGCUGUCAAAGAAUCUCGGGUUCUUCUCGGACUGUACGGCGCCUUCGUCUUUGUGAUUGUGGCCUUGGAGAUUACCGCAGGAAGUCUGGCAGCGACUUACCAACAGGAGGCUGAAAAGGAAAUCAAAACCUACAUGAUGACGGCACUGAAAGACCAUUACAACACCCAACAGGAAGCAGAUGCCUUGACGACUUCAUGGAACUUGAUGCAAGUACGACAAAUCUUUCCGCGGGGCGUUUCAUUCACGAAUUUCGUUUUUUUUUUAUUUUUUUCUUUUUUUGUGGUUUGGAUUAAGGGUCAACUGUCGUGUUGCGGAGUCAACAAUUUCACCGACUUUGCCGGCACUCCGUGGAUGAAAAACAGAACGUCUGGACAUUUGUUGCCCGUUUCCUGCUGUAAACUCCGUGGCAAGUUGAUUGAUUUUCAGCCGGAAGAUCAACGAUGUAUGACCAGCCCCACUGAUGAUAAUUCAUAUCGUAUGAAGGGAUGUUACUCCCGUAUAAUCGAGUACUUCCAUUCUCAUAUGGAAAUUGUUAUCGGCGUUGGUGUCGGACUGGGUGUGACUCAAAUUUUGGGCAUCGUCUUCGCCUUUUGUUUAUGUCAGGCUAUUGAUAAUGAUUUCAUCAAGUAAAAAAAGAAAGUACCUAAGCUUAAAUAUCUCUCCUUCAUGACGCAGUUAUUCUCAUAAGAUUCCCGCCUUGUUUUUGUUUUAUUAAGAACGUAAGCCAUCACAUUUUGAAACUAUGUAAUUCAGUGUCUAGGAUUAAUCGGGACCAACUAAGAUCUGAAAUCACUAUGAAAAAAAAGUAUGUUGUUCAUUAAGCUUUCACUUUAUAUUUCUCUGCUGUUGUUUAUUGCGAGACAUGAUGAUUCGACGAACAAGUGCCUAUUCCAUCUCAAAGAGUCGCACACAUUGUAUAAUAAUAAUAGUGCCUUAUAUCAUGAUCACGUUAAUAAUAUUUUUUUUUUUUUUUACUCUCGAAAGAAUCAUUUCAGAAAUAAAAAGAAAAGACGAA